UGACUCAGGACUGAACUUUGACUACGAAUACAGUAACCUUCCCCCCGGGACCAGCACAUUUUGCUUGUCUGAGAUGCAUCCCUGAAGUGUUAUCAGGCUUCUGAACACAGGAGAGAGAGAGGGGGGGAAACCGGAAAACAGCAGGGAGAGGCUCCGGGAGAGAAACGUCAGGAAACAGUGGUUGAGAGACAGACAGACACACAGACAGAGAGAAAAGGAGAUGGCCACCUCUCAACCACCCCAACCGUCUUCGAUAGGAGACGGGGCCACGCAGGGCGUUUUGGAGAUCUCGACGGAGGGGGAUGACGAGGGGGGCGAGGCCUUUGACUUUGAGGACAGCGAGGACGAGGACGGCCAGCUGGUGGUCAGCAAUGCCAGGACUGAGCUGGGCACCAGGGGGGCUGUGCAGGGCCCACCUCAGAGGCGCAGAUCCAGCAUCAGUGAUGACCUUGAACCCCUGGAUGACUGGGAGGCCGAAGAGGCUUUGCUGGAGGACCGGGUCCCUAUGACCCAUUCUGACUCGAACCUCGAUCACCUGGGCUCACAGACGCAUUCGGAGUUCCUGGGCGCCGUCAGCAAUGGGGAGAUUGCCGGGAGCGCGCAAACUGGGGUGCGGACUCGCAGCUGGAAACGGAGGAACUCCCAGCGAGGUGGUCAGGCUAACCCCCCAGCCCCAGAAGAUGUGAUCUAUGAUGACGUUCCUUAUGAAAAUGUGGACCUGAUCCAGCGUGAUUCGGACAAGAGCCUCAUCUACGAAGAUGUCCAUCAAGAUGGACCACAGGAGACUGAAGAUCUAGGCUGGAGCUCCAGCGAGUUCGAGAGCUACAGCGAGGAAUCUGGGGAGGAGAGCAAGCCGGGGGCGGAACCAACAAAGCACAAAGUCUCUUUCCAGCCAAAGCUUUCUCCUGACCUUCAUAGGUUGAAGGAGAGGUACUCCCGGACUAAGAGGGACAUCCAGGCUUUGAAAGUCGGGGGGAGAGAUAUGCUGAAGCAAAGAUACGACGGCAAGAUGACCCAGCUGAUGAAAGCGGCCAAGAGUGGCACGAAGGAUGGCCUCGAGAAGACCAAGAUCGCCGUCAUGAGGACUUUCUUGAACAGGAAGGAUGUUCCAGCGGACGGAGAGCCAGGCAGGAGCGCCAUGGAGCCAGGCAGGAAGCGCUCUUUGUCCUGGACUGGGGAGCUCUCCAAAGCCCACAAGCUGUCCGUGGACAGAGGCGAUUCCGAAGAGGAGGAAAUGGGAUUCCUGGAGGUCCCGGUGAAUGAUUUGAAGCACCUGUUUCCCGAGUUGGGCCCGAUGCCCGAAGGGUUAAGCCCUCAGCAGGUUGUGCGCCGCCACAUUCUGGGCUCCAUCGUCCAGAGCGAGAGAAGCUACGUCGACUCCUUGCGGAGGAUCUUGCAGGAUUACAGGAACCCUCUUGUAGAGAUGGAGCCCAAAGUUCUCAGCCUCCGGAAAUGCCAGGUGGUUUUCUUCCGGGUCAAAGAGAUCCUGCAGUGCCACUCCAUGUUCCAGAUCGCCUUGUCUUCGCGCGUGGCUGAGUGGGACACCACGGAGAAAAUCGGCGACCUCUUCGUGGCCUCGUUUUCCAAGUCUAUGGUGCUGGAUGUCUACAGCGAAUACGUCAACAAUUUCACCACUGCCAUGUCCUUGAUCAAGAAGGCCUGCCUCACCAAGCCUGCCUUUCUAGAGUUCCUCAAGAAGAGGCAGAUGGGCAGCGUCGACCGGGUGACCCUUUACGGCCUGAUGGUGAAACCCAUCCAAAGAUUCCCCCAGUUCAUUCUCCUCCUCCAGGACAUGCUGAAAAACACUCCCAAGGGCCACGCUGACCGGCUCUCCCUCCAGCUGGCUCUGACGGAGCUGGAGACCUUGGCGGAGAAACUCAACGAACAGAAGCGACUGGCGGACCAGGUGGCCGAGAUCCAGCAACUCACCAAGAGCGUCAGCGACCGCAGCAGCAUCAACAAGCUGUUAAGCUCAGGCCAGCGGCAGCUGCUGCUCUGCGAGACCUUGACGGAGACAGUCUACAGCGACCGCGGCCAGCUCAUCAAGUCCAAGGAGCGGAAAGUCUUCCUGCUGAAUGACAUGCUGGUCUGCACCAACAUAAACUUCAAGCCGAUUAACUCCAGGGGGCAGCUGGAAAUCAGCACCCUGGUUCCGCUCGGCCCCAAGUACAUCGUGAAAUGGAACGCCGCUCUGCCGCAGGUCCAGGUGGUGGAAGUCGGGCAGGAGAGCAGCGCCCACGAGAAGGACAACGUGGUCAUCCCCAAUCUUGGGCUGAAGAAGCACAUGCCAAGCAGCCAGUCCUCACACAAUAAAGUGUACCUGGGUCCUCCUCGCCUGUUUCAGGAGCUACAAGAUCUCCAGAAAGACCUGGCAGUGGUGGAACAGAUCACUCUGCUCAUCAGCACCCUUCAUGGUACAUACCAGAAUCUGAACAUGACCGUUGCUCAGGACUGGUGCUUAGCCCUGCAGAGGCUGAUGCGGGUGAAAGAGGAAGAGAUCCAUUCUGCAAACAAGUGCCGCCUCCGUCUCCUACUCCCAGGGAAGCCAGACAAGUCUGGGCGCCCUGUCAAUGUCAUGGUAGUCUUCAUCACCCCCAACCCCCUCAGCAAAAUCUCCUGGGUCAACCGCUUGCAUUUGGCCAAAAUUGCUCUGCGCGAGGAAAACCAGCCUGGCUGGCUGUGCCCGGAAGAGGACAAGAAGUGCAAAGCCCCCUUCUGGUGCCCCAUUUUGGUCUCCCGCAUGCCCGCCUUCUCUUCCAGAGCUCUGGACCUUCAGCUUGGUGCCGCCGUCCACAGCCCGGUCCAUUCUUCCUUGCUGGGUUUCUCUGCUGUCAGCACUUCUCUGCCACAAGGCUAUCUCUGGGUCGGCGGAGGGCAGGAGGGGUCUGGCGGCCAGGUCGACAUCUUUUCCCUGAACCGGGCAGCGCCCCGCACUGUGAAGUCCUUUCCGGUUUCCGCCCAGGUCCUCUGCUCAGAAUACAUUCCCGAGAGGAGCGAAGAGGAGAGAGCCGACGGUUUGGAGACGUCUGCUGACCAGGCCUUGCCGCCACAGCCAGUGAUCUGUCUUGGGCUGCAGGACGGCAGCAUCCUGGUCUAUGGAAGCGUGGACAUGGGGACGCAGUGCCUCUUGACGGGCAAGAGCCCGGGGCUCCAGCCGGUCCUCUGCUUGAAGCACAGCCCGGACUACCUCUUUGCCGGCCUGCAGGAUGGAACAGUGGCUGCUUAUGCGAGAACCAGCGGGGGGUUCUGGGACCUGGAGGCUGAGCCUGCCUGCCUGACAGUGGGGCUGGCACCAGUACGGACCCUUUUGACCCUGGACGAUGCCGUGUGGGCCAGCUGCGGAAACCAAGUCACCGUCUUCGAUGCCACCACCCUGAAGGCUCAGCAAACGUUUGAGGCCCAUCCGGAGGAAGAAGCAAGCGUCACCCACAUGAUCAAGGCGGGCAGCGGCGUGUGGAUGGCCUUCUCCUGCGGCUCCUCCGUCCGGCUCUUCCACACUGAAACGCUUGAGCAUCUGCAGGAGAUCAACAUCGCCACGCGGACCACUUUUGCACUGCCAGGCCAGAAGAAUGUCCGCGUCACCAGCCUUCUGAUUUGCCAGGGCCUCCUCUGGGUUGGCACCGACCAAGGCAUCUUGGUCCUUUUGCCUGUGCCCAGAUUGGAGGGGAUCCCCAAGAUCACAGGGAAAGGUAUGGUGUCCCUUAAUGGCCACUGUGGCCCGGUGGAAUUCCUGGCUGUCGCUCUCAGCAAACAAGACGCUUGCUCAGAGUUCGAGGAGAGUUCUGCUGCAGAGAACCUGCCUGGCUUGCAGAAGGGCCUAGAUUCAAACACAGGAUGCAAUGGGGAAGAAGAGCUCAAGGCCUGA